UAUCAAUAAAGGAAGCCAAAAAAGUUUUUCAAACAUCAUUACUAUUCCCGCUAAAAAAGCUGCCAGUUCGAACGGACAUUUCAAUUUCAGUCAAUCACCUAUUUAAUUUAACUUAAGAAAUUAAAUUAGUACUGUAGUUUGUAUAACAAAUCGGUUUCAUCCAUUGCCCCAUUGAAAAUAUUUAUUUUCAUUUAUUUCGUCGAUGGAACCUUUUAUAAAUUGCAAAAGUAGGUUUUUAAACAGUAUUCAAUUAGCGGCGUUCCUGUCCGACGCUUGUCAAAGUAUUCAACUUUUCUCACUCAUUUGUUUUUAAAUGUGGAAAACUAUCGUUUUGGACGUUGAGUGCAUCGUUUGUAAUAAAACGUUGCAAAAAAUCAAUCACGAUCCGCGUGAGAUAUCAAGAGAAAUGGGAAAAAUUACUAAUCGCCGGUCAAGGACUCCAAAUUGGUCGCUUCAAGAAAAACAACACCUACUUGAAUUAAUUAGAGAACGAAAAGAAGUAGUCGUAACGAAGAGUAACAAUGGACCUAAUUAUUCAGAAGAAAAGGACGUGGCUUGGAACGAGAUACUUCGCGAGCUUACAGUUAAAUUUGGAGAUAAGUUUGUAGGCAGUUCUACAAAGAAAGUUAAGACGCAGUGGCAAAACAUGAAAAGAAUCGCCCGCGAAGAGAUCGCAUUAAAUGGACCGGAAUUACACAAGUACACGAAGCUCUCUUUGGAAGUGUGUGAAAUUCUAGAGUUAUUGAAAGAUGGUGUUUUAAAAACUGUGAGUGAUCAUGAUAGUACACUUACCACGGAUGUGGAAAUAAAGGCUGAACGUAUUGAGGAAGAAAAUAUUCAGCCGGAAAGCAUUACUUUUAACAACAGCUCUACCGAGAUGGAUGUCCAAGUGAUAAAUGAAAACAAUUUAAAUUCCUUAAAUCAAUUCGAUGUCACUGGUAGUUCUAGCUCAGAUAACAAUGACCUGAAUGAACUGGUAAUAGAUGAAUCUAGACUUUGUAAUGAAGAAAAACAGAUUGAAGUAAAGGACACAGCCUCUAUGACUGAUGUUUCAAUGCAAGACUUAACAUAUCUUAAUAUCAAUAGAGAUUAUAAAGAAUAUUUCAAAUAUACCGCAGAGGAAAAAGCUCUAAAGAUAGAGUCGCUAAAAGAAGAAAGACAGGUGGUCAGAGCAAUGAGAGAGACAGCAGAAUUAAACAAAAUUACUGCUGAGCAAAGAUUAAAACAUGUUUUAUGGAUCAAGAAACAAGAAAUGUCGUAA